UAAUUCCUGAAUCAUCAAUCCCCGUAGAGAGUUGACACCGACAGAGACCCGAUUUCGUCAGGAUGAAAGACCCAGAUUUCGCGAGGACGGGGCGGACCCGCAGUAUGGGAACCGUAUCGACGAUAACACGGGCCGUCGCGUCGUGGCAUUAGGGCUACGGCGUUCUCUCGAGUUCUCGUGUCAACACAUUCCCGACGCCCACGAUGAGUGACGCAUGCGCCCUAGACGUCUGAGUCGCUCUUCUUCCGUUCCUUACUGGCGUUCGUCCCUCUCCGUACUCUUUCUCGCUGAUUCACUUGCUGGUUCUUUCGGUUUCUCUCACAACGUGCACACAAAGAUCCUCCCAUCCUAUUCCUUGGAUACGCCCCUGCUUUUUGUACCGAACACCCCUUCCCUUUCGCUACUAGGUUUGGCCGUUACGAAAUUUCUAAUUCGGCGAGGGUGCAUAGACAAUGCAGGUCGUUAAAAUAAUUUCUGACUUUAAAGGAUUCUUCGAAAGGCGAAGUUGAUGAAAGUACAAGAACGAAAAUUGUAUCUGAACUAAUAUUCCCUGUGUACAGUAGCCCCUACGUCGACCCUUUGAUAUGUACGCCCCUAGCAGGCGCGUAAAUCUAAUCGUUCUUCCCCCACCAAGUCGAGUUGAACGUUGUCGAAUCCCCUCCUCUUCCGCUCCCACUGCACACACCAAUUUUCCAAUUGAUAAGGGUGCACAGUUGAUACAGACUAACCCUAUCCCUCCAUCCUCUCUUUCGUUGUCAAUCCCUCUUUAUUUCUUCACUGGCUCCUGGUCUGUUUGGUGUCUUCGUUGAAAAGUUAACAUCGCUGCGCCGAGAUAACGUUGGUUUGUUUUUCGAAAACACCGUCGCAGUCUGUACCGCAACUUGUUUCAACAACAAAGAAAGAGAGAGAGAGAGAACGAAGAUUAUGCUCACGGGGAGCGUGAGAAUUGCAGCGGGAAAUUCAAAAGAAGCACAUAACCUCGCUUUUUUAUUCAUCGAGAAAUUACAGUCGAGAAAAUUCAAGUUGGAUAUCGAACGGAGAUCUGGGUAAAAGCAGGAGGGGAAACUUGUUCCUAGUGAGCAACCGAGUCGUACGUUACGUAAAAUUAACAAUCAUGUUCCGAAACUCACUUUCCCGUCUGGGAUUUCGGGAGAGGGAAGUUGAUGGCAUGAGAAUGUUACGAGGUAACGCUGGGUAGCCCCAAACACAGAGCCAGUAGUAUGUACUGUAACCGCACAAUGCUGUCCUUUAACGGAGAAAUGAUUUUUCCUACCGAUCAAAAAGUCGCACAGAGAGCGUGCAACUUCUUCCCAGUCAUAGUCGUUUUCGUUUCGUAUCGCGUUACGGGAGGGACAGAUCUCUCCUCGACCAACUCUUAUAAAACACUUAUGUAGAAUAAGUUGAGCUUUGACUCGAUGCGUGACGUGUAUGACAGCUGUAGCGCGGCGUUGCCACGUGUUGACUUUGGCUUAACCUAAGCGACCAACUCGCUAGCCAAGCAUGUGCAUUCUGAUUAUCUUACGUUCGAGUAUUGUUAUAAUAUAACUGUUAUGACACAGGCAAAUGUGAAUUUGCCUUAAAGGCAAGGUGAAGAUGUUGCACAGUAAAAACGUAACGCAACUUCGUCGAUAUUAUGCAAGUGUCAUAAGACUGGAGUAACAAUUUAUUCGUUCUAUGUUUUUCGCGCUUCUUACAUGAAAAUAACCUAUCUCGACUUAACCUAUCAAUUUACAAUUUCGAAACUUUUUUCUUUACAAUUUCCAAUAUAUAUCCUUUUCUUAUUGCGUGUAUUAUUUCGUUUCCCAUAAUGGUCGAAUUGAAAGGCUUUCUAUGAAUUUACAUGAGUGACCAGCAUUCGCGUUUCACGAGGGAUAUCCAACCUUGUGGAAAAUGUUCGCUCCAUGUUCAAGUACUAGAACUUUGGCGUGUUUACUUACACGCUCAGGGCUGUGCCAGCGGGGACCCAACAUGAUCUUCAAGAACUGCGUGGGUGCGGCCUUUCCCUGGUCUCGAAAGAAGGGGGACCGGAUUCUCUUUCCUUUUCUUUCUCUCUCUCUUGUUCGCUCGCUUGCUCAGUAGGUCCUAUCUUUUUUUUAUUUGAAGGUCCCUUCAUGCUCGCGGCUUUAGCAUCAGCACUCCCUCGCUUUAGGGUCGUCCCUAUCUUCCUUCCUCUCGACUACCCUUCACGAUAUUAAACCCUGUAGGACCCAGGGAUGUACAUACGUGAAUCCAUUCGCUAUACGUGGAUGAGUAAUUUUCCCUUUUUUAUUUCUAUUCUUUCUUAACAAAUCAACUGAUAUAUGAUGUAUCGAUACGAUUCACGAUCACAGUGAACAAUAUGUAAAUUAUACGUAGGGACUCAAUCUAUUUACCUACUAAUACAAUUGCUGUACAGUUUUACACUGAAUGUCGAUCGAUAGUAUCAUUAUGUAUACGAGUGUGCAUUGGUUACGUGGUAUGAAAUUCGCAAUUCAAAGUAUGUUUGCGCUCUUUUCCAUCGAAUGGGAAAAGUUACACGUUUGCUAGACACAAUAGCUAGUCUGAUUCGUACCUUCAUUGAUUUCGAUUGAUUUUAAUCGCGCGUAAGCAACCUUACAUUUCUUUAUGGACAUAUCGUACAAAUAAUUACUCAAGACAUAUUGUCUACAUGCUAUCUUCUGCGAUUAUACUGAAUUACUGCGAAUAAUACAAUUACUUCACAAUUUAAUUCCCCUGGUACCCCGUUUGUUCCGUUAAUCUUUUAAGAUAAUAAAUCGAUCAGUAUCCCUUUGCUAAUAUUUAACGUCAUAAUCUUGUUCGUUUAUGAAUACAGAUAAAUCAAAAUAAAGGAAAAAGUAAACUCUUAUCACGUGGUCGAGAGAGCACGUAUCGACCGUAUCGCCGCAAAGCGAAAGUGCGGGGCCCUUUUGUCGUGGCGUACAUUCAUGCGGCUGGUCUCCCCCACCACCGCCAAUUCUUCCCACCAUGCGGCCAACUCCCCUUCUAGUCUAGCGCGAGCCGCGUUUCGCCUUAGUCUGUCGCGCGCCACGAACGGGUUCAGUUGUAUGUCUCGUGUGUGUCACAAGCGGUGGUGGUUGUUUUACGUACGUGCGUGUGUGUUUCGACAGUGCGCGCGUGCGUGCAUACAUGCGUGUGCCUUUUACGGUGUCACAGUGUAUACGUGCGUCUGAUACUAUCAUCGUGGUCUCUGCUUUCGAACGCUCAAACGCAGCAACGGUGACAUCGAAGCAUGACAGCGACGCGGGAGUGUUACCCCAUACGCUUUUCACGCUUGAACGUCAGAACGUGGCUCGCGUAUCGACGGCCCAUCGAAGAGGAGCGAUUUCGACGAACACAUUUUUUCCUUCGGAACGUAUGCUCAGGCUGAUUGAAUUGAUGAACGACAGGAGAACGAGAGAAGAGGACGUCGUGGUCUCGAAGGAGGCAAUGACUUGGUUCUCUCUCGAUAGCCGGAGUCGGAGGAGUUAACGUGCGGCGUGCACGUUUUGAACUGAAGGGGGCCAGAAACGUGUACGAGGUCGGGCGAAAUCACGAGGCGAGGUUAACCUCCUCCGCCUUGCCGUGUCGUGUCCUCCCGUUUCAACCACGAAAACGAAACCAGCAGGGAGAAAAAAAAGAGGUGGAGCGAUACCGUGUGGCUCUCGUUGUGAAAGAGAGAAAACGAAAAGAAAAAGAAAAAAGGAAAAGUAAGAGUGACGGAAAAGGAAGAAAGAGAACGAAAGGGUAGAAUAAUAGGAUCGAAACGAGACAGAGCAAAGGGGGAGGGAAUGAACGGCCCUGGGAGUCAUCAGCAUCGCGGCUUGGGCAUGCAGGGACGUUAUAGGGCCGUAGUAACUGCUGGCACCCCGGCAGGGCCCCACUCUCGACCCCCAGCGCCCCCUCACGCCCGCGGUGGAUGGCACCCUCAUAAUCAGCACCCUCAGCACGCCCAGAUACCUCAGCAAUACACCGGCAACAAGGAAUACCCGUAUCGACAAUGUCCACCACCACGCUUCCAUAACGGGGAUUGUCCUGGCGUCGGUACGUCUUCCGGGCCAAACGGCAAGGAAGUUUCGUAUCACGGGAACGUAGGUGGUUCUAGCGUGGGGUACAAACCGCCCCCGCAGCACAGUCCGCAAUCAAGAGGUCCACCGGCUCAUUUUCCACAAGAGUCCGUGGGCCCACCGGCCAAUUCUCCACCGUUGCACAUUAACAUUUGCGGGCAAGAGAACGCAAUGCGUGGUCCAUUAUUGAACAUGAGUCCAGGUCUUGGAGCUAGCGGCGUCGAUAUGGAAUAUCGUAGGAGUUCUCAAGCGACAAACCAGCUACCUCUGAGUCCUGUACAAAUCCAGCCAUCGCCGCCAUAUUACAGACAGCCUAGUCAAGACGAUGGUAGAAAGGUAUACAGUGAAUCUCCUUCGAGGAAGCGACGUCGAAUAUCGCGCAACGGUGCCGUUUCUGGAAUAGAAGUUCGUGAAACUACGCCACCCUCGCCUACACCGUCAUUGCACACUACUCCGCCGCCAUGGGAGUUCUCAACGGCACCCCAGAGGCGAUCACCUCGAAAUCACAUGUCGACACGCGGCAGUCCAACCAUCAGAAAUCGUUAUCAACGAUACACAGACUCGUUCGGCUUGUCUUACCCUUUCGUGCCCGGUCAUACCCCUCAUCCGCCCAUUCACAACUCCCACCAUGGAAUUCACAAUUCUCAUCACAACAUUUCGCACCAUAAUAUACAUAAUUCGCAUCAUAAUAUGCAUAACGCGCAUCAGACACAUCCCCAUCAUCCACCUGGUACGGGACACCAUCCCGCGCAAGGAGCAAACGGCCCUGUGGUCGUAGACGUCGGUCAAGUCGGUGUUUCCGGUUUGGGGGUUGCCGUUAGCGGGGAACCACUCUGGCAUCCUCAGGCGACAGGUUACAGGAUCCCAUGCCAGCUGCACGGCAUAUACACACCGACCGGAGCACACGCGUUCGCACAUUCGUGUCAGGUUACCCACCAUCACAGUCACUAUUCAGCGGCUCAUCCGACCCACCCAGGCCACAGCCUAGUCGGUUCAAUAGUUGGCGCUGCAUCCAGAGGAUACCCAACACCAACCGGAGGUCCUGUAGCGGCUCUUCAUCACGCUCACGCGCCACCUCCACCCGUCCAUACUACUCAUUACACUGCGCACCAUCAACUUUCCCAACAGCGAGAAGUUGAAUUAGAGUUAAUAGAGUCCCAUCAUCAUCAUAGAGUGGGAGCUACAGCCGGUGCCCCAUUACCAUUACCACACUCGUAUUCACCGCCAGCUCUAACUCAAGUUACCACUCCUACUCCUACUCCUAUAUUCUUAUCAGAAACGAGGAACAGUCAAUUGGAAAUGAUUCAAACCAGAACUCGGCGCACACCGUCCAACGUUCACACGCUCAGACGACCAAGGUCGAGUAGAUGGAGAGGUACGCCUCCGAUAGCACCGGCUACUUAUUCAGGAUUCCUGUUACACUUUUUUGCAAUGCUCAGCAAUCCACCAUUAUCUCCGUACAGUCAGGCGGAACUAUCCUCGCCGGACUCAGCGACCGAAAAUUACGAAGCAUUGCUCUCUUUGGCGGAGAGACUAGGAGAGGCUAAGCCACGAGGAUUGACUCGGGCUGAAGUGGAGCAGUUACCUUCGUAUAAAUUCAACGCGGAAACGCACCAAGGAGACCAAACUAACUGCGUGGUCUGCAUGUGCGACUUUGAGGCUCUGCAGUCACUGCGUGUUCUACCGUGCUCGCACGAAUUCCAUUCUAAAUGCAUCGACAAGUGGCUUAAAUCAAAUCGAACGUGUCCAAUAUGUCGCGGGGAUGCCGGAGAAUACUUUGGAAACAGCGGGACUGGUAGCGACUGACGCCAAGCCGCUCAAGUACACUAGCGCCAACUAUCGCGGAUCUCAGGGACGCUACUCGGCACAGAGCUUCCAGCGAUCACGUUGCUGGUUUGUGCAAAUUUCUGUUGACAAGCAUUUCUCGCCUUUUCUCUGACCGAGUCGUUAGUAUGUCACGGUUGAUCACCUCGAUUUUGCGAAGAGGAGAGGAUUGGGAAUGAAUGAAACAAAAACAAGAAAAAGAAUAUAAGGGGGAUAAAAAAACAUAGUAAAAUUCAGGGUAUGUUGUCAGGGUGUUUGGUGUCGAGAAAUGGACCACACACACGCAAUAAAAGUACACGAUUUAAAA